AUGCUCUGGGCACCAUACCUCUUAUCUAUUCUCGUUGGUGCUGUAGCUGGAUCAGAGGUGGCACAGAUUAUCCCAGGAGCUUUCAUCGUUGAAUACGAGGAUGCAUCGCAAGGCUCAUCUGCUUUGAACGAUGUUGGCGCAACUAAAACGCUAGAUUUGAACUACGAAUUGUUUCAGGGCGCUGCUAUACGGUUCGAAGAUAAGAAGCCUGUAGGUGAGCGCAUCGCUCAAUUACUAGAGCAACCGGCUAUCAAAAACGUCUGGCCAAACCGACUUAUUCCUAGACCUGAUGCUAGAAUCAAUGCAGUUGCAUCCCGCACUCCAGCGGGAUCAGCAUUCGACCAGGUGGCCAGACGGUCGCAAGACAAUGACACAUUAUCGACCCAUGUCCAGACCCAAGUGGACAAGUUACGAGCAGAGGGUAUCAUUGGCGAAGGUGUGAAGAUUGCAGUCAUCGAUACUGGCAUUGAUUACACCCACCCAGCUCUUGGUGGUUGUUUCGGUCCCCAUUGCUUAGUCGUUGGUGGUUAUGAUCUCGUUGGAGAUGACUACAAUGGAGAUAAUACUCCCGUUCCCGAUGAUGACCCAUCAGACCAGUGUAGCGGACAUGGUACGCAUGUUGCUGGUAUCAUCGCUGCCCGGCCUAAUGAACUCGGUUUUACAGGGGCUGCUCCUGGUGUUAAGCUAGCAGCCUACCGCAUAUUUGGUUGCAGAGGUCUUGCCACGACCGAAGUCAUGAUUGCUGCCUUUUUGCGCGCCCAACAGGAUGAUGCUAACAUCAUUACUGCUUCUUUUGGGUAUUACAAUGGAUGGAGUAAUGAAGCGCUAAACGCUGUUACUACUCGGAUCGUGGCUAAAGGUGUGAUUAUCACUGCCUCUGCUGGGAACGAUGGUGCAAACGGGCUGUUUUACGCAUUCAACCCAGCAUCAGGCAACGGCGUUGCUUCUAUCGCGUCCUUCGACAACACCGUAACGCCUGUUGUGUUGAGUAGAGCUUCCUAUUCAGUAUCAGGUGACGCGAAACAAAGUUUCGACUUUUCGAUCGGCUUGCCGCGCGACUGGACAGGCGUCAAGUUUCCACUCUGGACUCCAUCAUUCAAUACUAGCGAGGCCGACCAAGGAUGCAAUCCUUUCCCUAGUACAACGCCAGACCUAUCAGAAAAGGUCGUCCUGAUCCGUCGUGGCACCUGUUUCUUCGAUGACAAAGUGCAAAACGCAGUGGCCCAUGGGGCCAAAUAUAUCGUGUUCUACAACAAUGUUCCCGGAUACCGUUUUCUUGUCCUGGAAAAUUACAACCUAACAGCCACUGGUAUGGUUUCAUCCACACAAGGCGCUACUUGGGUGAGAGAUCUGGCCGCUGGAAAGGUUGUUACAUUGGAUAUUCCCAACGUAAACAGGCUCCCAGUCACACCUUUUCAUAGCUCCAACAAUAUUACGGGUGGAUUUGUGAGCGCUUUGUCGAAUUGGGGCCCUACAUGGGAGGCAGGUGUAAAACCUACAUUUGGCACACCUGGAGGGGAUAUACUGUCGACUUACCCCGUGGCUCUAGGCUCUUACACUAUCAUAUCUGGUACUUCUAUGGCCGCUCCGCUUGCUGCCGCUAUUUAUGCGCUCUUGUCGAACGUACGGAAGACUUUUGACCCUCAGGAGCUUCAAAAUGUACUUGCUGCUACUGCCAAACCCGUGCAAGCAAAUAAUGAUGGUGACAUCAGCCCAUGGCUUGCGCCAAUCGCACAACAAGGAGCUGGGUUGCUCCAGGCCUACGAUGCUGCUUACGCAACUACUGUGUUGAGCGAUUCAAGUCUUGCUUUCAAUGAUACAGUUCGACUAACCGAUAAAAACUUCACCAUUUCGAACACAGGACAAGAAGCCAUUACUUAUGAGCUGGAUGUCAUUGGAGCGGCUACCGCUUACACAUUCUCCAACAGUACGACGCCAGACCCAUACCCCGGACUUGAACUUGACGGUUCCUUUGCAACAGUGCACCUAAGCGAGUACAAAGUUACUGUCCCUGCUGGCGGCAAAUCCACGAUUUCUGUCCACGUUAUACCGCCAUCACGAGCUCCCGCUCGACUUCCAGUAUAUGGAGGCUAUAUUCGACUCAAUGGCACAAACGGCGAGAGUCUAUCUCUUCCCUACCAGGGUAUUGCAGGAGAUCUGAAUGCGCACACUGUCUUGAACACCACGACAUAUGUAUCAAGCAGCUUGAAUGAUCCCGACUAUGCGCUUGUUCUCGGUGAUAACUUGAAUUUCUUAUUUCCGCAAAUCAACAUCACGGACAUUGCGAACAUCACCGAUGCUCUUCCAGUCGCUGCUAUUAAGCCGGUCUUUGGCAGCCCACGUAUCAACAUUGAGAUAUUGUCAACAAGCAACCAUACAACUAAUCUAGGACAUGCGAUAGGUUCGCCGAAUGAAUGGACUACACGUAAACUGUAUCCCUGGACCUGGAACGGACAGUUGAACGAUGGGUCUUUUGUACCUCCAGGUAGCUACAAGUUUCGGAUCUCGGCACUGCAUUUGUUUGGAGACGUGAAUGAUACCAAGCAAUAUGACGUUUCCGAGAGUCCGUCAUUCACAAUCAAGUACAAGGGCAUUAACAACGGGACGAAUCUGAACUAG